GUGUGUUGCCAUAAAUCUGAAGCGACAAGUAUAAAAUCGGUCAGUAGAAAUAUCUAUAAAAUCUCUCUAAAUGGCGUAACUACUACGAAUAAAAUAUAACAGCGACUGUUCAGAGUUAUCAGAGUUAUUUCAGAACGUCUGUCUGCUGCCUCCUGAUGUCUCCUCCUCUCUGGGAGGAACGAGACGGGAAGAGGACGAACAAACGGAGAAAUAACGGAGGCGGGAAGAAGUCACAAGUUAACAACGUGUGGAAACGAAACCUAACUCUAAGACCAGAUGGAUGUCCAGUCUCUGAUGCUCUGAGGACUUGUGGAUGCUGGAGGAGGCUGGUAGUCCAGAACGACAAAGCUGUCCUCUGGGUCUCUGAUGGUCUGUGUCUCUACUGACGUCGCCCUCCUGAACUCCUCACCUGCUCUGGUCUGCGUUACCUUCAAUAUCAGUUCCUGUUCUUGGUCAUGGAUGACUUUGUUUGUAACAAACUGACUGAAUGGGGUCUUAGUGAGCUCAUUGAUAGAUUUAAAGAUCAUAGCAUGGACAAGGAAAGUCUGUAUGAUCUCGAUGAUCAAGACAUUAAAGACUUGAUCCCAGCAGUGGGACCAAGAGCAAAAUUCAAGAAGAGACUGAAGCAGUUAAAGGAAGAACAAAACUCAGAUCAGGAAGCAGAUUAUGCUGUUUCAGUUUUGCCAUCAACAAGUGAUAAAGAAGCAAGAAUACUGUCUGAUGUGAAAGACAUCAUGGGAUCAGUCCUGAAGAAACUGCAUCACCAAGACAACACAAACCUCAAUAAUUUCCUGAGGACUAAAAUCCAUGAUUUGCAGACAGACAAGAGGGAACUGAUCGGUGUCUUUGGUAAAACUGGGGCUGGAAAAAGCUCUUUGAUAAAUGCCAUCCUUGGAAAGAAGAAUCUGUUGCCCUCUGGAGAGAUUAUUGCCUGUACCUCAGUCAUGAUUAAAGUGGAGGCAAACACGCGCAACUCAAAGUACGAAGCAGACAUCGAGUUCAUUACAACCGAGGAGUGGAAAGAUGAAAUUUGGACAAUGAAGCAGUUUCUUAGGAAUGCAGAUGAAGAACAGAGAGAUGAUGAAGAUCAUCGUGACUUUGUUGAAAAGCUGUCUGCAGUGUACGGAGAAGAGUGGAAACGCAAAUCUCCAGACAACCUGCUGGACAUCAAAUAUUUCAGUGAAAUUAAAGAAAUUUUCCAAUCCCAGAGAAAGACUUUGACAUGUGGAUCAGCCAAAGAGCUAUCUGCACGAUUAGUCAAAUACACAAGAAGUGUCUCCAGACAUGGAGAAGUAACGAGGUAUUAUUGGCCACUGGUGAAGUGUGUGACUGUCAGGGUGCCAAACAAUGAUCUUCUCCAACACGUCACACUGGUGGACCUUCCUGGAAGUGGAGACUGGAACAAGAGCAGAGCUAAAAUGUGGAAAAGGAUUGUUGGAGAUUGCUCUACUGUGUGGAUAGUGACUGAAAUCAAUCGAGCAGCAGCAGAAGAAGAACCCUGGGAGAUCUUGAUGAGUACCUGCAGCCUCAUGGGAAACAGUGGCCAGUGUCAGCGAAUUCACUUUAUCUGCACCAAGUCUGAUUAUAUUGAAGAUCCAGAUGAUGAUGCAGAUGUUCGCGCUCACAUCGUUCAAAGAAACGUGACAGCCAAGGAAGAAGUGAUCAAAAGAUAUGGCAGUCUAAACCAGGUUAAGAAACACUUCAGGGAUGACUGCUUCAAAGUGUUCACAGUGAGCUCCACAGAGUUCCUGAAACAAAAACGCCUAAAUCCAGAGGACACCGAAAUACCCAAACUUCAGGAUUUUUUGAAGGAUCUCAACAACUGUCACUCAGAGACAUUAAACUAUGUGACUGGAGCUUAUGGGAUUCUCUGUUUGAUGCAUGGAGCCAACUCUACAGAAGGGACUGAAAAGAAAGCAGAUGUUUGUGCAGAACUUGAAAAGAAUCUAAACCAUCAACUUGGUCAAGUCAAAAAAGCAGUGGAAGACGCUCACAAGGCUUUUGAAACACGCCUGAUUGAGGGGGUGGAAAAAUCCCAAAGUUCAUGUGAAAGAUCCAUGAACUCCUUAGAUCGCACUGCCUAUGGGACAUUGAAGUGUGUAGUUCAGAAAGAUGGCGUCCACAAAACAACAAAAGGAAAACAAAUAAACCUCAAUGUGAAGUUAGCUUCAUGCCUGACAGACAGCAUCGAUGAGGAGUUCAGGAAGACCUUCCCAAAUGAAGAAAAAUGUGGCUCAUUCAACGGCGUCAUCAGUUCGUUUUCCCUGGACACAGAGAGGCUACUUAAGGAGAACCAAAGUCUCAAACUGCAGCUGAUAUUUCUCAAGAUGGAGGAAGAACAAAUCAAGACAAAACUCAAUAAGAUCAUCCGUGAGCGCAAGAAAACCAUCUACAACAGUCUGACAGAGACAAUAGAGGAAAGAAUGCUGGACUGCUACAAAAGAGCAGCAGAAUUUAGUGGACCAGACUCACUGAAAUACAUGAGAGACAUUCUUUUAGAACAUGUACGAGUCUCCAAGGACAUGAUGUUUGAGGAGGCUAAAGCUGCCAUGUUGAAGCUGCUGAAUGACCUGAAGGAGGAGAUCCUGAAGAUACUGCAGGAAACCAUGAGGGAAUCCACUGAGCUCUCACUGAAGACAGAUGACAACUCAAUCCCAGAUGUUCCAACUGAACUUGAGAUGGUGAAGAGAUACUUCCAUGAACUGAAACGCAGCUCAAAAGAACUGGAAUGUACUUUUUAGGUAAAACCUUGAAUCUUCCAUCAGUGCACAGAAACAUCAGAGGCCUGGUCAUCCACUGAACAUCUCUGAGGAUCACUGACUCAACACAGGACACUCUGGAUUUGGUCUCAACCAGUUUUAUUAAGUUGGUUUCUAUGUACUCUUUGAUGCUUUGGUUUGAUUUGCUCUUUGACUUUAUUUUUAUGAAUUUUGUGCUGAUAGUUUUGAGUUUUUUUUGAAUUUUUUUUCUUUUAUUGAUUCCAGUCCAGAGGCAGCAUAAUAAAUAGAGAGAUAUGAAAUACAAAGAGCCCUGGUUGGAUUUGGACCAGCAAUGUUGUAGUUUUCAUCAUAAAGGUGCAAACCACAAAAAAAAGAUUUUAAGGAUUGAACUGUUCUUUUCUUGUUUUCCAAUACUGUGUUUGCAUGUUUUCUGAGUUUAGUGUGGGUUCAUUGGGAUAGGAGCAUUGCAGCUUCAGGGAUUAGAUCAAUGUGUGUCAUUUUAACCUUGAACCUUGAAUACAGCUCAAACUGCAGGUUUGAUUUAACACAGAUUUUAGGCUUUUAAAAGAAUGACCUGAAUGUUUUUCCUCUAACAAAUAUUCACUUAAUGGGAGAUCAUGUUGGAGCUCACAUUGGAAAUGCAGAGAAACAGAUGAAAGUAAUAAAGCAGCAGCUUCUUUUUGGAAAUGAA